AUGAAAUCUAGCGAUAUAAUCGAUGCGUUUUCUCGUCAUCACCUAACAUUUGCUGAUGAUCUUCUGUUAUUCUCAAGAGGUGAUCAAGGCUCCAUGGAGAUUCUGCAGCGCACUAUCAAAAGCUUUUUGGAUUCAACAGGUAUGAAAAUUAAUCCUUCAAAAAGUAAGGUGUAUUUUGGUAGUGUUCCAGAUUCUGUUAAGAACCUGAUUCUGCAGUUGACUUCUUAUAAGGAGGGGACCUUCCCCUUUAGAUAUCUUGGAGUCCCAGUGACUAGUAAGAAGUUGUCUGUUGUUCAUUAUAUGUCGUUGGUGGAUAAAUUAGUGAGUAGGAUAACUCAUUGGAGCUCUAAGCUUCUUAGUUAUGCUGGAAGACUACAGUUGAUUAAAAGUGUGUUGUUUGCUAUUACUUCUUACUGGAUGCAGUAUAUUUGGUUCCCUAAAGCUGUGAUUAGCAAAAUCAAUGCCAUUUGUAGAUCGUUUCUCUGGACAGGUGGUAGCACUAUCAGUAGGAAGAGUCCAAUUGCCUGA